UGGAAACAGUGCUAGCGUUAGCUGCUAGCUACGAACUUAUUUUUCACGUUUGUUUUCGAUCUGUCGGUUGUGUGUUUAGAAAUCUCCCUAUCUGAGGAUUCGGCCUCGGAAACGGUUUAUUUACGGGUAUUCAAACAUGGAUAAACGGGUUAAAUUGUAGUAAGCAUAAUAAAGACAUUCUUUAAAGUCUUUGAACCAAUAAUUAACUCGAGAGGGAAGGUAAAUGACUGACACAGACAGACCGUUAGCUAACAAGCUAACACGUUAGUGUAGAGAAAACCAGUAACAAAGGCUCUUAAAGUACUUUCUGCAUGUUUAUAACCUGUAACCUCGUCUUAAAGUAUAUCUAUUCAUGAACAUCUUCUCAGGAACUAGUUUGUUGUUUUGCGUGGCUUCUCCUGGUGGUUAAAUGAACAACGUCGGACCAGUUUCGUCAACGGAAAUUGUUUUUAUUUUACAAACGGGUAAAUUAACAAAUAUUCCAGUAACUAUUGAUGAUCUUGAGGGCAAGAAAGACCCCGUCAUUGAAGACUCCGAACACAAUGCGUACACGAGGUUUAUGAAGUCUCAUCGCUGUUAUGAUCUUGUACCUACCAGCUCCAAGCUAGUUGUGUUUGACACAUCACUUCAGGUGAAGAAGGCUUUCUUUGCUCUCGUGUCCAAUGGGGUGAGAGCAGCACCUCUGUGGGACAGUAAGAAACAGUGCUUUGUCGGAAUGCUUACCAUCACAGACUUUAUCAACAUUCUGCAUCGCUACUACAAGUCACCAUUGGUUCAGAUUUAUGAACUAGAAGAACACAAGAUUGAAACAUGGAGAGAACUGUACCUUCAAGACUCCUUCAAACCUCUGGUUAGCAUUUCUCCCAAUGCCAGCUUGUAUGAUGCAGUGUCAUCUCUACUGAGGAACAAGAUUCACAGACUGCCAGUCAUCGACCCCCUGACAGGGAACACCCUGUAUAUACUCACACACAAGAGGAUUCUCAAGUUCUUGAAGCUGUUUAUAUCAGAGAUGCCCAGACCCUCAUUCCUGAGUAAAACCGUGGAGGAGCUGAAUAUUGGAACAUUUAAAAACAUAGCCAUGGUGCGUAAAGACACACCUGUGUACACAGCUCUGGGUAUUUUUGUUGAACAGCGUGUGUCUGCACUCCCCGUUGUGGAUGAAAAAGGACGGGUGGUGGACAUAUACUCUAAAUUUGACGUUAUCAAUCUGGCAGCAGAAAAGACGUACAACAACCUGGAUGUGACUGUAACCAAAGCCCUGCAGCAUCGCUCUCAGUACUUUGAGGGGGUUCUGACCUGCCACAUACACGACACCCUUGAGGCCAUCAUCAACAGACUGGUGGAGGCGGAGGUGCACAGACUAGUUGUGGUGGAUGAACAGGAAGUGGUCAAGGGAAUCGUCUCCCUGUCAGAUAUCCUCCAAGCACUAGUUCUAACUAACAAAGAAGAGUGUUCAACUUAACAUCUGAUCAUGUUUUCAGAAGAGACCAGAGCAAAGGGAGAGAAAGGCCACGCAUGUGAGAAGGCUCAUUUGAAAUGUCUAAUGUUUGCAGCUCUGCUCUCUCUGCAAAAGUCUGAGGUUGAUCAUGUCUGAUGAUGUCACAAUCAUAAUAAUCAUAGUAGUACUGACCUGCCUCUUGGGGGAGCCUAACUCCAAAGCUGUGUUCAAACUCUGCUGGUUUGGUUUGUUCCAAACCUGGAGUUUGUUCCUGCAGCACACACAACUGAACACUAAAAGAGCUGUCCUCCAACAGCCGUCAGAUGGAUAUGCUAAUGCUAACAUCUGCCUCCCCUUCAAAGUUUCUUCUAAGCACAAUAAACUUUUUUUCUUCUUCACUGAGCUGCAUUAUUUUAAAAUUUGUAAACACUUUAACCACAUUUUAAAGUCCUUCAGUUAAAACCACUUGAGAGUUGCCAACAUGACAAUGUAGCUCACAUUAAAAUGUGCACAAAAGAGCUGCAAGAAUGGGAGCACUGUGGCUCUAAAAACACCCUUUAGACUUUUUUUAACCUGAAUGAUGUUAAUUUAAUCAAUAAUAAUCUCUUUGUUAGAUUUGAAUAUGUAACAAUAUUAUUCCAUUGUUAGCAUAAUGUAGUAUAAUCUACAAGUUUGCACACAUUUGACUUUGAAUAUGACGUGACAUUUACUCAGCCUACAUGAGAAACAAACCUGCGCUCCUGCAGAACCCCAAGUACUGUGAACGUUCAGAAUUAGGAAACGGCUCCGCAUCAGAUCAGAACUAAAGGCGGUGAGGGGCGGAGGGAGACGUGUUAACACACCUGAAGUCCACUUAAGGCAGGUGAGGAUGUCAAAGCACAGUUAAACUCUGCCCUAAAUGAAUCCACCUGCUGCUGGGAUGGGAAUCAAUGAACAUAUCCAUGGAUUUGUUUUUACCCAGCAAUGUUUUUUUUUCUUCAAUUGGCUCAUUUUUAGAGAAGAGAAGGAAUAGAUUUAUAAUCUUAAAAGAUGGGACUGUUGCAGCUUUAAAAAGCCCUUCCAGUCAGAGACGCUUCUUAACGUUUUUCUUUGAAUGAAUCUUAUUUCAUUCAUGAAUUUAGUUGUCAGUGUUGUCAACACGUCUGCCUUCAGAGUGACCUUGUAGGAAGUUCAAAGUUCUCCUCUAUUUCAUGUCUGUCAUAAUCUACAACAAUGACCAGAACAUGACGGGAUUGCUAAAAAAAUUACCCAGCCAUUUAAUUUGGGAGUUAGUAUCUUUAAGAAAAAGAUUUUGUCAUCAUCUUGUAAAGCUACAUGUUUAAUGGACUGUUUGUUUGUUGCUUUGACUGGUUUUUUUUUUUUUUUUUUUGACCCGCAUUUGGGGUUUUGUAUUUAUAUUGUCAACACUUUACAUCGUUGCUUCAAAGUCUAAUGUUUGUGCAAAACAUCUUUUUGGUCAAAUUAAGAUUUUGUCGAAUUAUACAAAUAGAGAUUUUUUGUCAGUCAAUAAUCCAUAAAAAGUCAUAAGUUUAGAUAUUACAGGUUCUUUUAUUUGUAUUUUCUUUUCUGUACUCCAAAGUCACCACAAACCAACACGUCCUGUCAUUUAUUGUUGUCAUGAAUUGAAGACGGAAUGCAAACCGCUCUGUAAAUUCACAGGUUUUGUUCUUAUCCAUACUGAAGCUCCAAUUUAACGACAAAGCAAUAAAAAGUUAUUCAUUGGCAUCUUUUAAAUGCAUAAUAUCCUUAAA